CCCCACUUUUUGCUCGUUGUCAGUUCAUCUCUCGUCCUCCCCAGAUCAACCAAAAGUUCAAAAGGUGGGAUCGAGGAUCAAGAGAGCAAAAACCUAAUCGAGACUCUUCAAAAAGGUCACUCAAAAAGGCUACCCCCUUCUCUCUCGUAGAUCGUACCCCGAUGGUGAUUGAAGAGGAAAACGAGACUAUAAUAAUGGCGAACCAGGUUGCCAAGGUCAGAAGAACCAAGAUCAGCUAGUCUCUCACACUCUCUCUCUCCUAGCUUUUAGUCUUUAGAUACAGAGCCAAACAGCCUUGGGAAAAGAGACUCGAGCCACCAGCCCCGCCGCGAUCUCCGUUUUCCCUCGAUCGGAUUCCCGCCUAGUGAAGAAGCUAGCAGCCACACUCGUUGACUCCUGUGCCCCUUUUUCCCUUUCUUUCUCCUUGGGUUUAAAUUCCAUGGCGGCCACCAGAAACAGCAGCAGCGUCAACCAAACCCCGGACAACAACGACGGCCGGCGAAUGGAGAGAAAGAGGGUCGCACCACCGUCCGAUCAAAUGCUGCAGCAGCAGAACCACCGUCGUUAUCAUCGCAGGACAGACGAUGAUGGCAGCAGGCAACAGCAGGUCAUGAAUACGAUCGCCAUUAAUAAUACCGCAUUUACACCCCACCCGUUUCAUCUCAACCACUCCACCACAACUCCCACUCCACCACCAACAUUUACUCCUGCAACCGCCGCCGCUGCUUCCUUCGCCAACUUGUUGACCGCAAUGACCACCACCUCCACGUCAGCUCCAGCACCGCCUCCAACUCAAAUCACCAAUCCCAACAACAACAACAACAACUUUGCCGCACCACCGUCGGCGGCGGCGGCGGUGUGCGGCUUCUCCGGCCUCCCUCUGUUCCCUCCGGAUCAGAGGCAAGUUCCGGUGAUCACGAGUAAUAUUCCUGCAACAGUUGGAUCGAGUCCCGUUCUGAUGGACGAUGACGAAUCCUCCGCCGCGGCGGCGGCAUGGAUCGAUGGGAUCAUCAGAGACCUCAUCCACAGCUCAGCAAACGUCUCAAUCCCCCAGCUGAUUCAAAAUGUAAGGGAAAUCAUUUACCCUUGCAACCCUAAUCUCGCCGCCUUGCUCGAGUACCGGCUCCGCAGCCUGCUCGACCCGGGCCCAAGCCCAAUCCCAAUCCCGGCUCGCGGAGAGCCCGCCCUCCUACUUCCUUCCACCAGGCCGCCUCCUCCUCCUCCGCCGCAGCCGCCGCAGCAACGAAUCUACCACAAUAACAGCUCCGCCUCCGCCGCGGCGGUGGCCUCUGCAAAAUUCAACGUUGUCACUUCCUCAUCGGGAUCCGAAAUUCAAAAUCAAGAUGACGAUAGAUCUGGAUCUGGUUCCGUUCCGGAACCGGAAGCGGUGACGGCGGCGGCGGAACAGGAGAAGCGGAUGCGGCGGAGGAGCGACGAGAAGGCGGAGAAGGAGCAGCGGAAGAGGGACGAGGAAGGGCUGCACCUCCUGACGCUGCUCCUCCAGUGCGCCGAGGCGAUCUCGGCGGACAACCUGGAGGAGGCGAGCAGGAUGCUGCUCGAGAUCUCGGAGCUCUCCACCCCGUACGGGACCUCGGCGCAGCGCGUGGCGGCGUACUUCUCGGAGGCGAUGUCGGCGAGGCUGGUGAGCUGCUGCCUCGGGAUGUACGCCGCCGCGCUGCCGCCCGGAUCGGCCCCGCCGAGCCACUCCGCGAGGAUGGGGACGGCGUUCCAGGUGUUCAACGGGAUCAGCCCCUUCGUGAAAUUCUCCCACUUCACCGCCAACCAGGCGAUUCAGGAGGCGUUUGACGGGGAGGACAGGGUGCACAUCAUAGAUCUGGAUAUUAUGCAAGGGUUGCAGUGGCCCGGCCUGUUUCACAUUCUGGCUUCGCGGCCCGGUGGGCCGCCGAAGUACGUCCGGCUCACUGGGCUUGGGACCUCGUUGGAUUCGCUUCAGGCGACGGGGAGCCGGCUGUCGGAUUUCGCACGGAAGCUCGGUCUUUGUUUUGAGUUCUUUCCGGUUGCGGAUAAGGUCGGGAAUGUGAGCCCGGAGAAGCUGAACGUGAGUAGGAGGGAGGCGGUCGCCGUUCACUGGUUGCAGCACUCGCUCUACGACGUCACUGGCUCGGACCCCAAUACGCUCUUGCUCUUGCAGAGGUUGGCGCCGAAAGUGGUGACGGUGGUGGAACAAGACCUGAGCCACGCGGGCUCGUUCCUCGGCCGGUUCGUGGAAGCGAUCCACUACUACUCCGCCCUAUUCGACUCGCUCGGAGCGAGCUACGGUGAAGAGAGCGAGGAGAGGCACAUGGUGGAGCAGCAGCUGCUGUCCAAGGAGAUACGCAACGUUCUGGCCGUGGGAGGGCCGUCCCGCCGCGAAGCGGCCGCCGCCGUGGACGACGAUCACGCGGCGGCGGUGGUGAAAUUCCACAGCAGCUGGAGGGAGAAGCUGCAGGAGUCAGGUUUCACGGGCGUGUCUCUUGCAGGGAAUGCAGCAACGCAAGCUACGUUGCUGCUUGGGAUGUUCCCUUCGGAUGGUUACACUUUGGUGGAGGACGGCGGCGCGCUGAAGCUUGGUUGGAAGGAUCUUUGUUUGCUUACUGCUUCGGCAUGGAAACCCCGGCCGCAGAUGCCGCCGAGUUCGGCGUCUUCGUCGCCGGCGGCGGCCGGUUACCUUCACCUUCAUCCUCAUUCCUUGCUUACUGCGUAGAUAUAGCUACCUGUUCUUCCAUCUUGUUGUUAACCAUUUAUGUAUUUGUCAUGCUACGUAUUUUUCGGUGCACCAUUUCUAUGAGAAGUUAAAUUCAUAUUAGUUUGAUGGCCUACGCUUUGCAUUGGGUAAAA